CUGUUAAAGGUUGUGUGUCAGUGGGGCAGGAGGGAAACACAUACUCACAGAAUGCAGAGCUGCGAUGGGACAACAGGAGCAUUAGACAAGGCAUGAAGUACCAGAAGGGUUCACGGGGAGUGCACAGCCUUCAGGUCAAUGUGGGGUUGGAGAAAGUUUCUCCUGGACCCUGUCCCUCACACACACUGCUGGCCAAAGUCCAAACCAACCUCAGGGAUCGGCUGGAGCACACAGUGCUGCUGGGCCUCUGCCCCUCCCAACCUACUCUUUCGUGGUCAGGAUCCCACAGAGUGAACUCAGGAGAGGAGCUGUUUUACACACAGUCUCGCCUCUCUGUGACGGGGCGUCCCCACCAGUGCAGCCUCACCCUCUCCCUCAUCAACUCCUCCACCACUCAGGGCACCAACAUGUCUCUUUACUCUGAGUCUAAAAUAGGUAACUGGAGUGUGGAAGUGGGAGGAAGCGCCCUUUCGUGGCCCCAGGGGUCCAGUCUCCAGGUGCAGGCCAGUCUGGACGGCGCUGAGAGGAUCUGGCUGAACGGGACGGCAGAGGGACGAUGUCUUCAGACCACAGCUGGACACACCAACGGUCCAGGCCUCUGUGAAGACGUCACUGUGAUGGCGUGUGUGGGAACCAAUCACAGUUUGAUGGUGGAUGUACAGAAUAGAGACAGUUGCAGUAAAUCUGAAACUCUGGGUCGUGUGUCUGUGGGAACAGCCAAUCAGAAGCUGAUUCUGAGAGCUAGUGGCUGUUUGGAGAGUCUCACUGCAGUGGAGGCACGGAUUGACUAUUUGAGCUCUCAGAUGUGGAAAAAACUGUCAGAGAGAAUCAGGACGUUGCAGCAUCUUCUCACUGAAUUCAGACGACAGUCCAGAGACAGCAAGUUGCUCCACGAGUUGAGCGCCAUGCUCCUUGAUGUUUCCCAGCGAGCCGAGGGGCUGCUGGGUCAGAGAGACAAAGGUUUGGUGGCUCUGUGGCAGAAGAGCCGCCUUCGUCACGCCGCCACCAACAGCGUUCCUCGCCUCCUGAUUCUCCUGCAGCACGCCUCGCAAAUGGGACAACAGGAACUGAGAAGGCCCCUGGCUACUCUGGCAGGUGUGUACCAGGACGUGAACGGCCAUCAGCUGGAGACCCUGUGGAGGGAGACUGUUUCGUUGUGUAACGAGAGGCUGGCGGAGGUCGUGGAGGCUCUGCUGGGGAACCCUCAGCUGAGGCCUCUGGCUCAUGCGGGUGCCGCCAUGUUCAGCGUUGCCCUGGAUGUGGCAGGACAGCACACCUAUCACUGGAUGGAGACCAGGAUGGCCACGGCUCUGUCUGGAGUCAGGAAACGUCUGGCCUCUGUCUACAAACUCUCCCCCAGUGAGUGUUCGGUGACUCUGUCCGUGGCGCUGCCUCCUCUCCCCCAGUCGAAGUUACCGCUGGCCGGACUGGUGGAGGUUCUUCUAGAGGAGUGGCUCCUGAGGCCGCUGCAGACCCUCGCCGCCAUCAGACCCACCGCCGAGUUUUACCACCUCAAGAGGAAGAUCAUGGACAGCCCCUUUAAACACCAAGCUUUGCUGGUUGCGGAUCAGUUUGUGAUGACGUUUGAUGGCCAUCUGUAUGAGCUGCCACGUUCGCGUCCACUGCUCCUCGCCCAAGACGUUAGCGCUGACCCUUCGUUCACACUGCUGCUUGGCUCAGACUCACAGAGCUUCCUCCUGAUAGAGAUGAAUAACAGCAGCAUCAACGUGCAGCACAAUGGACAAGUGAGGGCCGACUGCAUCCACGCUAUAACACACACGUUCCACAGUGAUAGUGGAGUGUCGGUCAGAAGAGGCUCAAGCAUCGUGCAGGUGGCCAAUCGGAACGGAGUGUCAGUAUCUUGUGACCCGUCGCUUGAGUUGUGCAGCUUCACUCUAGAUGGAUGGUUACACGGCACGUCCACUGGUCUGUUAGGAAUCAAUGACAAUGAAGCAGGCAACGAUUUCCCUGUACCUGAUGGAUCUCAAGCUGAAAACCUGGACAGCUUCCUCUAUAGUUGGCAGAUGAAACCAGAGCGUAUCAGGCCUCCAGCUCCAGCAGCCACGAGCCCUGUGAGCUGUGACUCUCUGUUCUCCUCUCCCGACUCUCCACUGAGUUCCUGUUUCAGAGUGGUGGACCCUGCUCAGUUCUUGUCAGUGUGCGAGUCCAGCUCCUCGGGGGCCCCCUGCAGAUUAGCAUCGGCGUUUGUUCAUCUCUGCCAGCAGAACUACAUCCCGCUGGAGGUCCCUGUCCAGUGCUUGAAAGUAUGAAGGAAGGCGAGGCCUUUGAGAAGCAAGGAUGAGUGAUUUACCACACAGUUAGCUGCAUCAAUUGCACUUCUGUCCGUCCUGGGAGAGGGAUCCCUCACAUGUGGCUCUCUCUGAGGUUUCUACGUAUUUUUACCCUGUUAAAAGGGUCUUUAGUAGUUUUUCCUUACUCUUGCUGAUGGUUAAGGACAGAGGAUGUCACACCCUGUUAAAGCCCUAUGAGAUGAAUUGUUAUUUGUGAAUAUGGGCUAUACAAAUAAAAUUUGAUUAAUUGAUUUGAUUAAGCAACACUGACCAAUGGUUAUGUUACUUUUAAGUAUAUAUUUUUUUAUCAUGCAAUGUCGUACCCUAUCGUUUAGUUUCACAAUAUUUUAAAUCCUGUAAUGUACACUUUUGUCCUGUCUAAAUUAUGUAAUGUUGAACAAUCUAACUAUAACAAGUAGAUUUUUUAUAAUCACUGAUGCAAACAAACAAACCCUGAAGAUAUUUCCAAUAGUUAAACUCAGUAACUAAUCCUAACAGCCGAACUUUGAUCACAAAGACAUUGACAAAUAUUAUUUUCAGUAUGAUGAUGUGCAUU